UGACGACGAUACAGAUACAGUGUGGUCAAUUAUGCCGGUGUACGUGUGUGUACUGGUUCAUAUUUAGACGCUGUCAGAGGUAAAGGUUUUGUCCCAGAGUUUUUAACACCCGGAUCGGGCCUUCCUCGAUGUUAGCCUUCCUGGCGGUAUCACUGCCGGGGGAAAGGCGACAGAGGAGGCCAGGCUCGAAGACAUGGAGGCUAAGCGUCCUUUGCAGAGGGAGUGAGCCGUAGGACGUGGUGAUUUCUACAGGGUGUUGGCACUCCUAGAAUGGACCCUGCACACAUUGGAGGGGAUAUGUCACCUUUGUAUAUGCCAAGAAAGAGAAAGUCUGUCCAGUCACAACCUAAAAGUGGAGUGCCAUGUCCAGUUGUUCAGCGAAUGCCAGAAAGAACCUGUGAAUUAAAUCCAGCUGGAUAUCCCAAGAAUGACGAGUCUGAAGCCCAAGAUGCUCUAAAGAUGAAAAGAACGUAUGGUAGAAAAAGGUAUGAGGACCUGCAGAGUGUUUCCAUAGGAACAGUAGAUUACCCAACCACCAGCUGCUCUGUGAUGUCAUCAGUUGGCCUUGCGAAUGGGGCAGAUCCAGCGUCCAUGGCUCCACCCACUGCAAGGCUGCCUCCGAGACUGGUGGGGAAGGAUGUGUGGCCUCAAGGCCCCGAGGUCAGCAGGGAACAGCCCCAGCCUCAGGACCAGAGCUGGAACUCCAGCAGGGACAGAGGCCCCGACGCCUGGGCGCCGGGUAGAGAACGGCCGCAGGAGCAGGUCUGGAACUCUGGCAGAGACCGUGCGGGACACUCUAGUCAAGACCAGACUUGGAUUCCAGGCAGGGACAGGGCCCAUACCGGUCCAGACCAGGCCUGGAUGACGGGCAGAGACAGAGGUCCUGAGCAGGGCUGGGCAGCUGGCAGAGACCGAGGCCAGGAUCAGGUCUGGAACGCAGGCAGGGAUUCAGUCAGAGACAGGGCCUCCUCAGGGCCAGAGCAGGCAUGGGGAACUGGCCGAGGUCAAGACCAAGGCUGGAGCAACACGAGCAGAGACAGAGGCCAUGUCUGGAGACCUGACUUGAACAUGAAGAAAGUCCAGAGAGUGGAGAUGGAGCGCAGCCCACCUGUUAGUAACUUCCCACAGCCACCAGAGGGCAGAGACUCUUGUUCAGAUGCAGCCAGUGUUGGGGAGGCCUCGACUGCCCAACCCAGCGAGGAGCAGAAACCCCUCGUCCCCUCCACCAAGAAGGAGCCUCCUACCUACCCUCCAGGAAGUCAAGAGGAGCGUUGGCAACUCCAGAUUGUGGCCAAAGGCAGAGUCACCUGUCCUAAGUGUAAAAGUGUGAGCAGGAAGACCGUCGAUGGCCUGAAGAAACACAUGGAGAACUGCAGACUGCAACCCUUUACCUGUCAACACUGUGGGAAACAGCUGAAGUCUUCAACGGGGAUGAAGUAUCACAUCAUGGCUGACCACAGCCAUCUGCCCUCAGCUGAUGAUGCCAAGGACCUGGAUGAUCGAGUAAUCAAAGACAAACUGCGUAAAAUCCUGAAGAGACUGGGCAAAUUAAAAUGCUCUAAAGAGGGCUGUAAUGCCGCCUUCACUAGCAUCAUGGGCUACGUGUACCACAUGAAGAAGUGUGGGAAGGAGGAGUCUGAGCUGGAGAAGAUGCUGCUGAAUUGCUCUCACUGUGGGAAAACAUACAAGUCCAAGGCCGGUCUGGAGUACCACCUGAAAUCAGAGCAUGCUCCUACGCCCCAGAAGAGUGAGGAAGACGAGGCCCAGAAGGCUCAGAGGGAGGCCAACCCAGAGCGGACGGCCAGCGGCAGGGUGCAGCGAGCAUCGGCCCAGGUGGCAAACUUCCACCUGGCUGAGAUUGCCAACAAUGAGCUGCCCAAAGACUGGCCCAAGAGGAAGUUUCAGUCAGACCUGGUGCCAGAUGACAAAAAGUUGAAAUACGCACGGCCAGGCCUGCCUGCCUUCAGCCAAGAGGUGCUGAGGAAGUGGAAGAAUGAGGUGAAGCUGCAGAGGAAAGUCCAGUGUCCCAACCAGGGUUGUGGCUGCACCUACACCAGUGUGUCUGGACUGAAAGCUCACCUGGGACUCUGCACAAGAGGUGACUUUGAGGCUGGAAAAUACCGAUGUCUGAUUUGCAAUAAAGAGUUUAACUCUGAAAGUGGAGUGAAGUACCACAUCAACUCUGUCCAUUCACAGGACUGGUUUGUGACAAACAAAAAGGCCUCCAAGAAGUUUGAGAAGUUCCUGAAAAACCAGCCCAAGGAGUUUGUCCACGAUGUAGAGAAACAGACCGUGGAUCAGUACCACCAUAAUCACCUCCAGCAUCAUCAGCAGCAUCAGCACCACCACCACCACCACCACCACCACAACCAUCAACAGCAGCAUCAGCUCCAGCACCAGCCCCUGCAGCACCCUCUGCAACCACUGCACCACCUCCAGCACCAAACCCAGUUCCUCCACCCAGAGCACCAGAACCUCCCUCCACAGGUGGACACCCAGCUCCAGCAGCCGAUGCUCCAGUACACCCCUCUAGAGCCUCCUCCCGGACCGCUGUGGGUGGACAUGGACCGGAGAGAAGCUGUGCCGGGACCGGAGCAGGCCCCGAUCGGGAUGGAAAUGGCUGAUGUUGACAAACCUGAAGAGGACAACAGCGGGAUGACGGAGGAGAAAAGGAGAGAGAAGGCGGAGAAAGGAGGGGAGAGGGGAAAGGCCGAUGGGAAGCGGAAGGAUUGUUUUGCUUUCGGUAGCGGUGGCGGCAGCAGCAGUAGCAGCAGUAAUACUGGCAGCUCAUCCAGCGAAUCAGAGGUGGAGCAGCAGGACAGGCAAAGACAGAUUGACCAGUGGAAUCUGAAACGGCCGGGAAUAAUGGAACCCCACCCUGAUGCUGUAAAGCGACAGAGGAGCACUUAAAAAGACCCUAAAUACGCUACUAAACAUGACACUUUCCUUAAUGCUUGUCAUGCAUCAGAGCUCAACUUAACAGAGGUAGAAAAAGACACCGUCGAGUGUCCAUCUCUGUUUUAUUAGAGGAAAACAAACAGGAGAGAAGGCAGCUUAUGGCAGAGCUACAACCUGUAAUUUUUUGGAAGUUGUGAAAGUAUUUAGACGACGACAGUGUCAGCGUGGAUACGAGACUGUAUACUUCUGGUUUAGAGGCUGUUUCUUGAGAUGGUUGUCAUUGUAUAGCUUUCAGAAAUGUAGUAUACUGUUUAUCUGUGUGUUUAUCUGUAACAGAUUCUUUUCACCAACUUUAAAUGUGUCUUAUUCUUUUAAAAAGUUUGAUAAACCUUCUUGUUUUUCAUGUUUACCUUGAAGGGAAGAAGUUACUGUAACCUUUAGAGAAGAUGCUACAGUAUAAUAUUUUGUUAGACUUGUCUAGUCGUGUUCUCUCUCUCUCUCUUUCUUUCUUUCUCUCUCUUUGAAAAGAUUUUGUGCCUCUUAAGUAUGAUAUGAAUUUCAUACUUACCAUCUCUUUUGCUACAACUGAUUGGCCUUUUCUGAGGCUAAAUAAUGUCGGAUGUGUCAGUCUUCUGGUAAAAUCUCCCUGGCCUGGAUUUCCCUCACCGUGUCUCUUCCUGUACCAUAUUUCCAUCAGUGAAGUUUUGACUAGAUCAAAUUUUUUUGAACAUUACAGCGAAUGCAACUUCGUUCAUGGCUGGCAUCAAGUUGCCAUACUAGAGCCAAGUCUGCUGGCAGUAGUAAAAUGAGAGGAUCUGUUUGCGUGUGUGCAGUGACCCAGCGCAGUUACAAGGGUAGCAGAUCAAUACCACUCUUGUUAAGUACAGAACAGGUCAUCCAUCCACCCAGUACUUCUGCGCAUAGCAUCCCUGACGUAUAGCACAUUUGCUUGGCAGCCUCACUGCACCUGGCUGUUUUUUCUCUCCCCUUAAAACCAUAAAUUGUUGUUGUUACAUUCUAUAUGUGUAGAAUUAAACAAACAAGAUACAGUUUGUGAGCUUUAGAGAUGUUGGUAGGUGUAUUUUUGAGCUUUUAAAAUAGCCAGGCUAGCUGUUUUUCCCUUCUUCCUGUCUUUAUGCUAAGCUAAGGUAUUUACCUCCUGGGGCCAUCUCCAUACUUAACACACAAACCAGGAGACUGGAAAACAGCCAGCUGGCCUACCGCACGAUGUACUUCUUUUAAUGCUCUCAGCACCCAGUUUCCAAGAAACACAAAACAAAGAAAUCUAAAUACUUAAUUUGAUUACAUGCAGUUAAAAUGUUACUCCAGCGGUGUGUGAAGCCAAUCUAUGUAGUUUUUCAGAUGUAUUCCUGUAGUCUUAGAAAUGCAGUAAUACAUUUUUAUUGUAGUUGGACAAAAAAAAUAGACUUACUCGAUCCGCUUACAUGCUUUUCAUGAAGACAUCUUUUUCAGCAUAUGGUAUUUCAUCAGUUCUCAUGGACAUAGCUCAGUUGUAUGAUGACAACUGAGCAGUCUGUAACUGCUGAGGAAUACUUUAAGUUUGAAAGCUCUUGGUAAAGCUACUAAGUCGACCUGUUUUUUUUAAUCAGUUUUAGGCAUUUCAUGCAGGAUCAUAGUUCCCCGAACAAAGAAAGCACAGAAAUGGCCGAUCAAAAACAACAGUAAAUGUGACCGUCAACAUAUUGGUGAGGAAAUUAAUGGAUUGCAGGUGACUUAUCACUUAUGUUACAAUAAUAGAUAAUCUGAGGGGUUUAAUAUUGAUGGCCAAGACACGAGUGACAGCCAACUCUGUUGAAGAAAAGCUAACAUACAAAAGCAUUUAACAUGGAGGGUGGGUGCUUUUCUUUUCUGUUCUUCAAAGACAGACCUGUUUUUGUCUAGCAGAAUAUUUAACCGAUAGCAUGUAGCCUAAUGUUUAUGUACUCGGCAUUUUGUAUCUACUAUUGUGGUGUAUGGUUAUGGAUGGUUGUCAGUCAUUUGUUUGUGAUGUUAUAACACCAUUUUUGUGUAAUUUUUACUACUUUUUAUGCAUUUAUGAAUGUAUUUUGGUUUCCCAUCUGUUGUGCAUGUCACAGUUCACUAAAAGACGACCAUUAAUUCAUCUUUUGUCUUGAUUUGAAACUUUCAAAGAGGAGUACCCUUUAAUCUGUUAAUCUGACAAAGAAAAAAUAUUUACUGUAGUGUUCUUUACCCUUCAUGGCCCUCCAUCAGAUGCCUUUUGAAAGAACAAUCUGUGUUGUUUAAGUUUUAAAAAUAAAAACCCUCCUAGUACAUGGGAAGUAUUUCAGAAAGCAUGGUUCAUUUUAAAUAAUUUCCUUUGGGUGCAUGGACCCCUGUACACUUGCUUGCAAGUCUAGUUUUUAUUUUAUUUUUACUUUUCAUUUAGGAUGGACUCUUGAGUUUGCAAACUCUUUUUUUUAAGAGUCCAAGCCAUGUUACUGUUACUCUACUUUUGUCUCUUUGGUGCUAACCUGUUGUUGCAUUGUUUAAAAAGACUUUGCUGCGAUAAAGUUUGAAUGGGACUGCAGAUUUUUUUUCUUUGUUCAGCCACUGUGGAUAUUGUUGUUCAUGCUAAAUAUCCUGUACUUCUUAAUAAUAAUUAUAACAAGAGAGUUCUUGUGAUCAUUAUUCAUCACCUAGGUCAGUGGUUGCAUAGGUCUAUAACCAAGUAAACCAGUACCUAUUGUAAUUCACAAGAAACAAAGCAAAGAGGAAUUAGACGAAUGUCUCAUAUGUUUUGACUAAUGUUGUGUAACAAUUUUGUUUUCAUGUUGUUUAUUGUCUCAAAAUGCCUUCUAUUCAAAAUGUAAACGUUUUCAGGAAGUGGCUUGAAGUUCCUUUACUGUUGAAAUACUUCCCAUGCUUGUGACCAAAUCUUUAUCACCAUGCAUGCACUUCGAACAGUUUGAUGGCACAAAGGACAGCAUUGCUCAGCUUUAAGAGACUUUAUCCCUGACUAAAUAUUUUAACCCCCUCCAAACCUGCGUUAUCAUUGUAAAGGUUUAUGAAUAUUUCAAUGUAAUUUUGUUCAAAAACAUGAAUUGUUUAUAUUUUUUUGUGUUUUAGUGCCAAAAACAGAUACAUUAUGUAACUUGAGUUUUGAAAGCCACAAAUCCAAGUUAUCUUUGACUAAUUGGUUUUCCCAUCAACCACUGCAGAUCCUGUAUGUCAGGGUCCUUAGUGAACAUGUAAAAUCUUUGAGUUGGAACUGACCUCCUGAAUUAAUUAAAGUUAUUUCUUUUGGAAAAUGUUUCAUCCAGUGGCCGUACUAGAUGUGAUGCUGGAAAUGGAUGUAAUGUUAUUAACCAUACAGUUAAUGAUAUAAGAAUAGAAUGAGAUGAAAAUAAUGAAUUCUGUUCUCAUUUCUUGUGCCCCAGCCACCACCAUCCAUACAGAAAAUAUUCAGUAUAUAUAAUCUAGGCCAGCUUUGAAUAAAGGUUCAGUUAGUAGUAAUGUAUCAUUUGUAAACACAUAAAGAAAGCACUUAUUUUUUCCAUUUUGUGGGACAUCAUUUCUAUUAAAGUGAAAAUACUUAUUGUCUCAGCCAACCCUUCAGUGAUCUGUACAUUUAAUAUGUUAUUACUUGUUUGUUUUUUUUAGAAGUUAUGUGCUGCUAUUUCAUAGUACCAGCAGUGUUAUAACCACAGAUAAUUAAAAGUUUAAUUCAUGGUGA